UGGUUAGAGGAAGGACAUGGAGGCAACUACUUAGCUCAUCGCGGCUGCAGAGCAGCAAACAAGCCUCUGCUACAGUCCAUCUGCCGGUGGUGUAAAAGAAGCUGAUUCAGCCCGCGGAGAAGGGAGGGGUGUACAAGAGGAUUCCCAAAACCAAGCCAGCUCGCUGCCUCCUCGGGACUAAACCGGAGCAGAGUGGCCGGGAAAGGAACAAGAGACACAUCGGCGGAGCGGGGUGGGAAAGAGCCCGGACUUCCAGCUGCGUCCCGGAUGCGGACUGUCAACUUCCAGCAACUUUAAGAUCUCUGCGGGUCCUCUAGCGAAGAUGCCUCGCCCGGGCAGAAACACUUACAGUGAUCAGAAGCCUCCCUACUCCUACAUCUCGCUGACCGCCAUGGCGAUCCAGAGCUCCCCGGAGAAGAUGCUGCCCCUGAGCGAGAUCUACAAGUUCAUCAUGGACCGCUUCCCCUACUACAGGGAGAACACGCAGCGCUGGCAGAACUCCCUCCGCCACAACCUCUCCUUCAACGACUGCUUCAUCAAGAUACCGCGGCGCCCCGACCAGCCGGGCAAGGGCAGCUUCUGGGCGCUGCACCCCAGCUGCGGGGACAUGUUUGAGAACGGCAGCUUCCUGCGUCGCCGCAAGCGCUUCAAGGUGGUCAAGUCGGACCACCUGGCCCCCAGCAAGCCGGCGGACGCGGCGCAGUACCUGCAGCAGCAGGCGAAGCUGCGGCUCAGCGCCCUGGCGGCCACCGGCACCCACCUGCCCCAGAUGUCCACGUACAACCUCGGUGUGUCCCAGCCCUCCAGCUUCAAGCACCCCUUCGCCAUCGAGAACAUCAUCGCCAGAGAGUACAAGAUGCCCGGGGGCCUCGCCUUUUCCACGAUGCAGCCCAUGCCGGCCGCCUACCCCCUCCCCAACCAGUUGACUACGGUGGGCAGCUCCAUUGGCACAGGCUGGCCCCACAUGUACAGCUCCGGCAUGAUCGACACCGCCACCCCCAUCUCCAUGGCCAGCAGCGAGUACGGCGCCUACGGCGUGCCCAUUAAGCCGCUCUGUCACGGGGGGCAGACUUUGCCGGCCAUCCCCGUCCCCAUCAAACCUACCCCCGCCGCGGUGCCGGCCCUGCCCGCCCUGCCCGCACCCAUCCCCACCAUCCUCUCGAACUCGCCUCCCUCCCUCAGCCCCACGUCCUCGCAGACGGCUACCAGCCAAAGCAGCCCGGCCACUCCCAGCGAGACUCUCACCAGCCCGGCGCCCGCCCUGCACUCCGUGGCGGUGCACUGACCCGGGCCACCCGCACGGACUCCGUCGCCGUCCCCUUUCUCCCAAAGUUUCCUUGGAGCUCCCCUCCUUCCCUUCUCUCCCUCCUUCCGCGCCUUUCUUCCCUCCUUUCUUUUCCUCGAAAGCAGAGACAGCUUCUCGCGGGAAACAGAGGUUUGCCGUUCGCGGGAGCUGCCUUUCUGCUUCGGCCCUUCAGCCGUGCCCUCCUUGGCCUCUCGGCUUCCUUCCUAGUUCCAAACUUUGUUUUCUGCUCUUCUGAGGCAAACAGAACCGACCCGGCCCGCCCCCCCUCCCCGCCCGGUAGGACAUCACUAGUUUUCCAAAAGUAUUUUCAGGCGUCUUCGAUUUGCCAGAGACAGGCAAGCCUGGCCCGGUGAUGCCUCUUUCUCUUCCUUUGUCUGGGGAAGAGCAGGGGUUUAUAUAGGACCGAUCUUUAAAACCGUAAACAGUGUGAAACGGCUGCAGUCUCACUGCAUGAGAGGAGCGACGUUUCCAGCCUCCAAGCAGCAAACGCUUGGAUCUUGGAAACGCCGGACAGAGCGCGUGUCCUUUGUGUGGUUGCAUGUCUCGUUGUUGCGCAAGAGGCAGGAUUCCCGCGGGGAAGGCUGCGGGACCUCCAGGCUCAGUCGAUUCCACGCAGGAGCGAUGCCGGGGCCGGCAGGGCCCGGGGGCGGCCCUGCCGGCUGAGGCUGCGGCCGGGGGCGCCGGGCAGUGCGGGAGCAGGAUGCCGUGACACGCACAGGCACCCGGUCACUCACUCCACACCUAUCUUGUUUACAAAGCGCCUGUUUUAAUGUAAAUAUUGGACUUGUAUCUGUACUGUUAUUCAGAUGAGGCCCCCUUUGCAGCACCUGUUGUAACGUGGAUGUUCACUGUAGUUUUCAGGUGGAAGAGAAAGAUAAGUUGAUUUGUCUGUUAACUUCUGAUUAACCUGUAGGUUUGCAGAGCUGAGGGUUUAUUUGUUUUUAAUUUUCGUAGCUAUUUAUUUCAUAGCUUAAAAACAAACAAUAAUAAUAAAAAUAAAAAACCUGUUACCAAGCACACAACCCGACAUAGCUUAAGAAAAGUUGCUGAAGUCACUGGUAAAACGUGGAAAAGUAACACGACAGCAGGUACAAACUGGAGGUCAUCCUGAUUUCUGCUGGAGCUUUGCAGGCAAAAGAGGGGGCUAGGGAACCUGUAAAUGCUUGUGCAUAGGAAUGAUUUAAAAACGUGUAAAACGCACUUUUGUUUGAUAUAUCCUUUCUAGAUUUAGGUAGUUUGCUGGAAACUGAACUGUUUUUCUGUUGUGAACUGCUUAAGUUAAGAAAAACAAACAAACCAACCACAAACGGCAUUAAUGUCUAUUGAAGCUGUAAAGACGUUUCUUUUAAACUUUUUUCUUUUUCCCCUGUACAGAAUAAGCAUGGCAUUUUAAAUAUUGGUGUUCUUGUUCCCAGCAUGUAUGGUUUAAGACAAAGGUUAAAAAAGUGUUUACGUUAAAUUAUGAAUCUAGUCGUCCAAAUAAUAUUUUCUCAUUAAAAUACGUAAAUGCA